AAUCUGCCAUGACAACCGCACGCAGUUGCAGGCUUCCAGUUUUGAACCUAGUAGCGGGGAACGGGUUCGUUAAUUUCCCCGCGUUUAACUUUUUAGUGAAACCGUUAGAUUACAUUUCUAUCUGAACACUUUUGUACCGUCUUGUAAGACGUGAGAUUGGUGGUUGGUAUGGAUCUGUGGAAAGCGGAGAGGCUGAACGCGCCGUCGGACUUCAUGAAAGCUCCUGACGUAGCAUCUGGCAGUAAGGCUGCUCAUCUGAUGACCCCUGCUCAGUUUACUGGGGGUCCUCUGGCUCUGCCCACCGCCUCACAUACAACACCCAUCCAAGCCACGCCCACACCUGCAGCUACACACACCACACCCCCUUCUAAAUUCGGCGAGAUGGGUCUGAGCUGGAGAGAGACUGCUGGGGUUGAAUCUAGGAGUUCAACCCAUCACAAACACCAGAGCCGCAAGCUGCUAGAAGAUGAGAGGAGCAGCUCAAAGGCCUUGCUGCAAGAGUUAGAAAGUUUAAGAGAAGAGAAAGAAGUGAUGAGAGGAGAGAUGGAGCGUCUGAGAGGAAGAGUGGAGCGCCUAAGAGAGCAGAUCGGAGACCAGCAGGACCAAAUAAACGGACAUUGUAUAGAGCGUGACGAGUCACACAGUGAAUUAAAGAGUUGCAAGGCUGAGCUCAGUAUAAGCCGAGAACAGAUUUUUACCCUAAAAAGUGAAUAUGAAUUAAAGCGGCAGUGUUUGGAGAGAGAGUUGCAGGACUCAGAACAAGAGACGGAGAGGCUGCAGCUCAAACUGGAGGAGCAGAACAGGAUUGCUGAAGCUGCACAGGAAGUGACCUCGCUAAGAGCUCAACUACAGGAAGGGAUUUCGGAGACUGACGACCUGAGGAAUCAGCUGAGUGUUCUGAACAACUCGCUAUUGGAACAGUCUGAGUAUGUACAGAAACUGCGCAGAUACAUUGGCAGCAACGUCACAGAGAGAAAAGAAGAGGAAGAUCUUAAACAACAAAUACAGCAUUUGGAGAAGGAAAAGGAAGCCCUGUCUCUAUCUGUUCAACUGCUAAAUGUCCGAGUCAAAUCAGCCAAUGACAUUCUGGCCAUUCAGGAGAAAGAGUUGGGCGAACAGGCACAAUCUGACCCACUGUAUUCUGGCAGUAAAGCUGUGCAGAUGUUGAGCGUUUGGAGACAAAAGGUUUUCAUGCUGCUUGUUAAACUACAAACCAGAGACUUACAGCUCCACGUGGAGAAAACACAUUUACAGAACAUGGUUUCCUCUUUAAAGCAAGAAGUAGAGCGUUUGCAGUCACAGAACAGUGUACUGCAGCACCACCUAGAGGACAAAACGGCUCAGUUAGAGCUACAGCAUGUACAUGCUCAGGGAGUACAGCAGCAGUUGGACAGUGCUUUACAGGAGAAUGCCCGGCUCAAAGAGCAGAAUAAAAGCGCUGAGAAAUCUCUGAUUGACAUCAGUGAAACGGCACACAGAGUGAUGUCAGCCGUAGAUAUGAAGGCAGGUCAGAUGGAAGCAGGUUUGUCUAGUGUAAGUCAGCUCAACCACAGACUCACCUUUGCUGCCAAGCGACUGGACACGGUACAUGGGCUGCUGUUGAGGAAAGAAGCUCUGUGGAAAACCAAACAAGCUACAAGGUCCCCGGAGCCGCAGGUGUCAGAGAGCUUAAUUAAGAGCCUCCAGGCUGAGGUGGCCCUGUUGAGCGCAGAGAGAGAUAAACUCACGCAGGAGCUCAAACGCACACCAGACCUCAUCCAGGCCUCCCUGUUUGAUCUACAGCAGCAGCGAGAGAGAGAAGUGGUCCUCCUGAAGGACGCGCUGUCAUGCAGUAAGGAGGAGUUGAAGGCAUCAGAAUCGAGCCAGAUGGAGAUUCAGAGACAUUGUGAGGAGCAAGAGGGGACCAUCGCGGAGCUCCGUGCUGAGGCCCAGAGACUACAGCAACAGGGUGAUUCAGUUAUGCACAGAUUAUCAGAAGUCGAGAGUGUGUGUGCAGAGAAGCUCAGAGACAUGGAGGCUCAAGUCAACACUGCAAGGAGAGAGCACACAAAAGCAGUGGUGGCUUUGCGACAGGUACAGAGGCAGGUGGAGAGAGAGAGGGAGCAGAUGAAAGAGGCAGAGAGCGAGAGAGCAGAGCACACAAACAUGCAGAUCACACAACUGCAAAAACAGCUGAAACACAAGGACAAAGACCGCAACCUUCUCCUGGCUGUGGUUCAGGAACAGGGUUUAAUAAAUGAAUAUAAAAGACUGAGAAGAUCAGCCAUUCAAUCAACUGAAGCUUUAAAACAAAAACAUCAUCAGUCUGAAAGCAGAAAUCCUCCAACACCUGAAAGUCUGCUGGGGGCGCUGCAGGCUCUUACCGCGGCAGUGAUGGACAGCUCGGAGGAGGAGGAUGAAGAGGGUCAGGCCUUCAAUGUAACACAAACACCCCCUGGUGCUGAUACACAUAAAGAAUUGGGCUGAACACACCAUUCAGUUCUCUCUCUCUCUCUCUCUCUCUCUCUCUCAAACACCCUCACUGUCUGUCAAACCGCUCUCAUGAGAUUUGAUGUCUGUUUUAUGAUUGAAUAAAAGUGCUUUUUGUCAAAUUUGGACAGCUUGCUG